GUGGAGAGCGACGGAGGGGGCGGAGAGAGAGGGAGGCGGAGGGGAGUGAGAGCCGCAUUUCCAGUUCCCAACUACGAGUCCGGAGUUUGUAGAUGGGGCUGCUCGGCGGCGUCUGCGGCUGAGGAAGAGCAGCGGCGGCGGGAGGAGGGGAGCGACGGCGGCGCGGAGGAAGCCGAGGUGCGAGCCGCAAUGCAGCAAGUGUUGGAUAACCUUACGGAGCUGCCCUCAUCUACAGGAGCAGAAGAAAUAGACCUAAUUUUCCUCAAGGGGAUAAUGGAGAAUCCUAUUGUAAAAUCACUUGCUAAGGCUCACGAGAGGCUAGAAGAUUCAAAACUAGAAGCUGUCAGUGAUAAUAACUUGGAAUUAGUCAACGAAAUUCUUGAAGAUAUCACUCCUCUAAUAAAUGUGGAUGAAAAUGUGGCAGAACUGGUUGGUAUACUCAAAGAGCCUCACUUCCAGUCACUCUUGGAGGCCCAUGAUAUUGUGGCAUCAAAGUGUUAUGAGUCACCUCCAUCAAGCCCAGAAAUGAAUAAUUCUUCUAUCAAUAAUCAGUUAUUACCAGUAGAUGCCAUUCGUAUUCUUGGUAUUCACAAAAGAGCUGGGGAACCACUGGGUGUAACAUUUAGGGUUGAAAAUAAUGAUCUGGUAAUUGCCCGAAUCCUUCAUGGAGGGAUGAUAGAUCGACAGGGUCUGCUUCAUGUGGGAGAUAUCAUUAAAGAAGUCAAUGGCCAUGAGGUUGGAAACAAUCCAAAGGAAUUACAAGAAUUACUGAAAAAUAUUAGUGGAAGUGUCACCCUGAAAAUUUUACCAAGCUAUAGAGAUACCAUUAUUCCUCAACAGAGUUGCAUCCAUAUGGAGAGGCAUCCAUCACACGUCCGUCAGGUAUUUGUGAAAUGUCAUUUUGAUUAUAAUCCAUACAAUGAUAACCUGAUACCCUGCAAAGAAGCAGGAUUGAAGUUUUCAAAAGGAGAAAUUCUUCAGAUUGUAAACAGAGAAGACCCAAACUGGUGGCAGGCUAGCCAUGUAAAAGAGGGAGGAAGCGCUGGUCUCAUUCCAAGCCAGUUCCUGGAAGAGAAGAGAAAGGCAUUUGUUAGAAGAGACUGGGACAAUUCAGGACCUUUUUGUGGAACCAUAAGUAGCAAAAAAAAGAAAAAGAUGAUGUAUCUCACAACCAGAAAUGCAGAAUUUGAUCGUCAUGAAAUCCAGAUAUAUGAGGAGGUAGCCAAAAUGCCUCCCUUCCAGAGAAAGACAUUAGUAUUGAUAGGAGCUCAAGGUGUGGGACGAAGAAGCUUGAAAAACAGGUUCAUAGUGUUGAAUCCCACUAGAUUUGGAACCACAGUGCCAUUUACUUCACGGAAACCAAGGGAAGAUGAAAAAGAUGGCCAGGCAUAUAAAUUUGUGUCACGAUCUGAGAUGGAAGCAGAUAUUAAAGCUGGAAAAUAUUUGGAACAUGGAGAAUAUGAAGGAAAUCUCUAUGGAACCAAGAUUGACUCUAUUCUUGAAGUUGUCCAAACUGGACGAACUUGCAUCUUGGAUGUCAACCCACAAGCCCUGAAAGUGCUGAGGACAUCCGAGUUCAUGCCCUAUGUUGUGUUUAUUGCUGCUCCCGAACUAGAGACGUUACGUGCCAUGCACAAGGCUGUAGUGGAUGCUGGUAUCACUACUAAGCUUUUGACGGACUCUGACUUGAAGAAAACAGUGGAUGAAAGUGCACGGAUUCAAAGAGCAUACAACCACUAUUUUGAUCUGAUCAUUGUAAAUGACAAUCUAGACAAAGCCUUUGAGAAACUACAAACUGCCAUAGAGAAACUGAGAAUGGAGCCACAGUGGGUCCCAAUCAGCUGGGUUUACUGAUGAUUCAAUAAGGUUCACAAUUAAAGUAAAACUUUCAAAAAGUGACUGCAACAAAUAAACCUUCUACUGAGAAAAUACAUGCACAGAUAGAAGAUAUCUGCCAAGUCCAGGCAUUUUUAUUGUGUAGAUUGAAGUACCAGUACACUAUUCUGGAUUUUUAUAGAAAAUGUGGUUGGGAAGGUGUACUAAUAUAUAAUUUAUCUUAAUUUUUCUAACUUUUUAUGAAUAAUCUUUCUAUUCAUAUCACAUAAAGAAAUGCGUUGAAGCAUUUUGUAUAUGUUUUGAUUUAGUACCCUUGCCUUUUUCAUCAAAGGAAUUUUCAAAUCAUUCACUCUAACAUUGGUCUCAUAUUUUCACUGUGAUAAUGAAUACUUGAAAUAGUUUUGUAAAGCUGUCAUUUAGUUCAGUAUUUAGUGAAGGGUCAGCUACUCUUAUUAGGAGAAAAUAAUGGUUUAUUGGCCUUCUUUCCUAAUAUGUAUAAUUUCUUACAGAAGCAGAAUUUUAAUGUCAGUGCUACAGCUAGUCUACUACCAUCCAAUACUGACAUCAGAAGUCUGCUCAAUGCUACACAGUUUCAUUAUUACAGAGAUGUAUGGCUAUCCACUUUAAUUUACGCAGCUAUAUUAGUUUUUUCCCUUCAUUCUCUCUCGUGAAAAUAUGAAGAGCAAUACUUUGCACUCUCAUUUGUUGCAGUGACAGGCUGAUGCUUCGUUAACAUGUACACAGCAAGCAAGGCCGUGCCGGCUGAGAGAGUGCCUUAUCCUGCAAAACCUUACAGCAAAAUGACUCUGAAAGUUGAUUUAUUUGUACAUGUAAAAGUUUAACUAACAAAAAUGAACCUAUUGCUUUAUACAGUUUUUUUAUUAGGAUAUGGUCAGCAAAUGUAUCACACCUCUGAAAAUUUCUGUGACGCUGAAAAAUGCCUCCAAGUUUGCAAUUGGGGGGUUUUGUGAACAAUCAGUGAGCUUUUGAAGUGUGAUGUGAUCAUUAGGGUAUUUUUUCGGUUUGUUAUGUUGUGAACCAAAUCCAUUGAACGAUUUA